AUGUCCUCAGAGGAAGCCGCCGAUGUAAAAUACGUUUUCUCAUUGACGAAGCAACGUCGCUGGGAACUGUAUAUGUUGUGGAUGCAACAGCUGGUCCUCGAAGCUCAUACUUUAGCAUGCUUUUUACCGACUGUCGAGCAUGUUGUACUCAUAGGCGAUCAUCAACAGCUGAGACCAUCUCCUGCUGUAUAUGAGUUGGCUCGUGAGUAUAAUAUGGAGGUUUCGAUGUUUGAACGGUUGGUGAGAAAUGGACAUCCUUACCGUACGCUCCAGGUGCAACAUCGAAUGAAUACGGACAUUACGAGCAAUAUCAUCAGGCAUAUUUCUAAUGGCUGA